AUGGCGGUCGGCAACCCCUCCGGUGUCGGGGAAGACAAUGCGGUGAAACCCGCCUUCAGCCUGUCAACCACAGAUACCGAGAGAGGCAGAAAAGCAGCCCUAAACCACGACACCGGGCUGCAGGGGGUGACCCGCCGGAAAAGGGGGGACGAUGGCUACUGUGAAAUUAGGGUUUUUAAAGUUUUUUUAUUUAUAGAGAGAAAAAAGGGGGAACUCCAGCGCAAAGAUUUUGAGGGAUACCUAACAAAGUACCGCAAACAAAUGUCGAAAAAAGGAGCUGCCCUCCAAAAUGACGUGCCAUGGCGAGCUUCAUCCUCCGCAAAACCUGUCCCGAAAAUCCACCACUCUCCGGUUCUUAGAGUGCCUCAGACUCCUGAGUCUAGCUAUGGCCUCUAUGUGAUGAAGCAUGCAGAUCCAGUUGGGAGUGGGCUAGGGAAAGUGGCUGUCGUUGAAGCUGCCGGGCCCGACUGCAUUGUGCCCGGACUAGCUACGCCCAUCAAAUUACUUGGGCUACAGGUAUGGCCCAUUGAAGUGGACCUGAAGUUUAUGGAACCAAUUGGUCGGCAACUCAAUGCAGUUGGAAGGGUGGUGUUAAGAUCCUCUAAUUCGAUCAAUAAUCCUGUUUCUUCUUGCCGUAAUUCUUCAAAAUGCCGGUCGGUCGAUUAUAGUGGCUUCUGGUAUGCAUUCUGUUUAGUUUUGGGAGAAUAG